UGUGCUGUGUCCCUUGGACACAGCGGAUCACCGAUCGACGGAAAGAGCCGAAGAUGUCAGCUCGGUCAUGUGAUCAGCUGUGCCCAACCACAGCGGAUCACAUCAGUGCCAUCUGUCAGUGUCCAUCAGUGCCAGCUCUCAGUGCUCAUCCAUGCCACCUGCCAAUGCCCAUCAGUGCCACAUCAGUGCAACAUUUCAGUGCCUACCAGUACACACCAAUGCCCCAUAUCAGUGCCCAUCUGAGCUGCCUUUGUGUCACCCAUCAGUACCAGUCAGUGCCACCUAUCAGUGCCAGUCAGUGCCGCCUAUCAGUGCCACCUAUCAGUGCCAUAUAUGAGUGCUGCCUUCAGUGCCCAUCAGUGCCACCUACCAGUGCCUCCUCAUCAGUGCAGCCUAUCAGUGCCCAUCAC